AGCACUGAGGAACAGUUACAAAAGCUUUUGUAUGCAUGUCAACCAGACAGUCAUUCCACACAUAAGUUCACUGAGGUAACACAAAAAACAAAUGCAGAAUAUAAUGCUAUAGUUUUAUAGAAACUGUAAUACAGGUAAGCAAAUAAAAUGUUAGGGCCACAAUAAGGUAAAUUGAGAACUUUAUCUUUGGUAUAUAAGAAAUCAGUUCAAAAAUGCAGAUGCCAGCAAUAGUAGCUUGCCAGAGUGCUCUGUCCUGGGCCGUUCUUCCACAUUUCUCCGGGUGUAGCCCAUCUACAUGGUAUAUCCUUCCUCCCCGAGGAAUAAGGUCUUCAAGCUUCUGUUGGUGUUUCUGUAGCACUGUGUUUUGACAUGCCCAGCCCUCCUCUUUUCACAGCCAGGCUCAAUUCAAAAGUCUGAUAACAGCAAACUAAACAUUGUCCUUGAACCUGGUGUUUGUGCUCUCAACCCUUUGUGUGGGAUCUCAUCGAUCAGCUUUAGCCUCCUCUCUAUUUCAAAGGAAGAAAUGAUUCUUUCUGCCUCUACCAGUCAUCACAGGGCACAAUUGGACAAAUCAUUAAGGGGCUGGGUCAGGGUGACAGCAAGACUCCAAAAGUCGAAGAUACCCUGUCGCUUGCAGCGCAUGUGCAGUAUGGCCGCUUGAGUAAAGGUAGUAGAUUCAAAAUUAUUGUGAUGUCUUCUGAAGAUAUUGGCAAAAGAAAAAAAAGGAGGAUUUUUUUCUUUUUAGUAAUGAUAGGAUUUAUCUUGUAAAAUGAAAAUGUUUCAAUAUUAAAAUCUUCAAUAUCUAAGGACUUUGUUUUUCAACUGUAUGUUCUUUGACAGUCACAGGAAUUUAGUAACUAGCUAUGAAUGUAAGAACUUGCACUUUAAGCCUUUUAAAUGCAUUUCUUGCAUUGCAGUAUAUGAAUCAUAUUGCCGUCUGGUCUUCAAUUGCCCAGGAGCAACUUACCCAAUGGAGGGCAAAAUUGUGAUCGUUCCUCCAUGAAGCAAUUACAUUAUUGUGAAAACACUGAAGAAGGAUAUGCAUUACUGCUGAUAGAAGUACUACAAUGGGAUUUCGUAUUAGUUCCAUGUCUGGGACAGAACUGAAAAGCACCAGAUUUCAGACAGGUGCAGAGGAGGAAAGACAGUAUCGCACAGCACCCAAUUACAACUAUAAAUGGACUGAUCUACACUGUGAGGCAAGCCGAGGGAACCUUGCCAAGCUUGAAGCCUUGCUCCGCGUUGCAGGUGAGGAGCAGAUCAAUAAGAAGGAUUACUAUGGCAAGAGCCCCCUCUACUGGGCUGCCUAUAAAGGGCAGCGAGCUUGCAUUGAGUUACUACUGGAAUAUGGUGCAGAUGCCAACAGUCAGUGUAAACAUGGGGCAACGCCUCUCCAUGCAGUAAUCGGGCUCUUUCCUGACUGUGCUCUGCUGCUGAUACAGAAUGGAGCAGAUGUAGAUCUUCCUGACAACUGGGGAGUGACACCUAUGUACUUGGCUGCCUGCAGUGGACAGCUUGACUGUUUGCGGCUACUUGUUCUAUCUGGAGCAAAAAUCACAUAUAGGAAUAAGAAUACUGGCGAGGCCCCCAAGCAAUUGGCUUCCAAGGCCAACUUCCUAUCCUGGAUAGAUGGAUAUCGGAAGAACCCACCAUCAUUGAAGCAAACAUGUAGGCUGAAAAUCCGUCAGAUUAUUGGGUAUCGGAGGCUACAUGCCAUCAGAACAUUCCACAUCCCUCAGUCCCUGAAAAAUUACCUUAUGUUUAAGGACCUCACAUUGGAAGAUUCUACAUCAGUACUUGGUUUUUUGUAACUACAUAAACUCCCAUUCCCAACAUCCAGCGUUACCUUCCACAUACACCGAUCUCUGACAUCUAAAGUGCCUGCACACUGCAGCUUCAACUCAGAGCUUGUGACAUUCCAUAUCAGCAUGUUGCUGAGAAGGCCAUGCUUUAAUUACGAUGGAAUUUCUGUUAAUUUGAAUUAUUCAUCUAAAAAAACAAGCUGCUUUAGGCAGAAGAAUGGACAACAAGCACUGUUAGUGAUUCUCUGAAAGAAUAACUUGGAAAAUCAGCGAUGGAUUUAAACACUGGAACUCAAAAUGAAUCAAAGAGUUUCACCAACAGGAAAUGAGACUCAGCACAUGGAAAGACUUCCUGUCAGUGCAGAUAAGCUCUUGGCUGGUUGACUCAUUCCAUUGUGGUGGCACAAACUGGAUGAUGUCAGUGGUAUCUGCUGGGCAGCAAAUGAU